UAUAACACACCGCAGCAGUGAGCUGACCAUCUGCAUCUCUACACAGACCUGCUGUCUAGAGUCCCCCUGUUCCUCUUUUCAACCAGCCGUUCAGCCUCGUCUGGGAAAACAUGGCUCAAAGCAAAGAGGUGACCAGCUUUUCAUCAGCGAUUUCUCCGAGUUUCACGACGGACCUGAUGCCUGCUGCGGAGAGGACUGCCCUGCUGUUCCAGCUGUGUUACCUCUACCUGGCCGGAUACCCGGAACUAGAGCAGUUGAUCAGAGAGAGAGCCGUGAACACCAGACUGCUGUUCGUGUCGUCAGAGAGAGUCAUGUUCAAGUGUCUGUGCACCAGUGACAACCUGGUGAAGUCCCUCUUCCCCAUUCUCAAAGUAGCCGUGCAGAAGAACAAGACGGAGAUAGCCAAGACGUAUUUGCAGAAGGCCCAGGGCUGGAUAACAGAGAUCAUCGAAGCUGCGGAGGAAAUGGUGGAAGGGUACAAGAAAGAAAACGUGGCCUUGAGCAACACCACGACCACCAUCUACAAGAAAAAGGAAGAAAAAGAAAGGACCUCAAACCAGAUGAGGGAUAUUGACAGGCGAAUUGAAGAAUUCAAAAGUCAGAUGCAAACCAUUAAAAAUGACAUGAACACCAAACAACAGCACAUAAACCAGGCAACCUCCAAACGCGACAGCCACAUUUCCUAUAUGGCUUCGUGUGACAAAGAGUUUGCGGCCAGAAGGAAAUUCACAUUCGGCUGGUGGAUCUCCUGGAGCUCUGGACCGUCCGACUCAGACGUGGCCCAGACACACAACUCCAACAGACAAAUCCUGAAACAGCUACAUGAUGGGGUGCAGAGACACAUGGCAGAGAUGGACGGCCUGAAGAGGAGAGAGCAGCAGCUGCAGAAUGACAUGAUGGCCAAAAAGAUGGAGCGCAUGGACAUAGAACUGAGACAUGGCUCAAUUCCCUCUCCGGAGCACCUGGAGGAAGUGAAGCAUUGCCUGGUCAGGAUCCAGGACGUUCUGAUGCUGAUCUUGAGGUUCUGGAAUCAUGUUGCAGAGAUGUUGAAGAAGCUGGAAAAGGACACGUUUAUUGGCAGAGACCUGAUGGACGACCUUGAAGACUUCAAGGAAAUCUUUGUGGAUUCUAUAACUGAAGCUGAGAAGGCUUGGCAGGCAUUUGGCCAGUCUUGCAUGAAGUCCCAAGAAGUGUUUGAUGUCCAAUCCAAGGAGGGCUAUAAAUUCCUGGAGAUUAACCCCUCGACUCUCUCUGAUGCCGACAAGAGGAAGCAGAUUUGCGAUGUGAAUGAGAGGCUGAAGGAGAUUGGCCAGGACGCAGCUCAGCCAGAGUUACCUGCUACUGGUGGCACUGAGUAGACUGCACUGGGUGUCUCUCUGACUGAUAAUACUGUGUAUCACUCAUAACGCUGCAUGAGAAGUGCACUGUUCUAAAGUUUUGUGAUCAUUGAAUGAUGGAAUGAUCACUCCAAUGAUUUAUUGAUGUGAAUGCAGUAUGAUACUCAGAUGAUUAACACUUUUCAUUAUUCCUGGAUAAUUUGUUAUAUGGUUGUCAAUUACAAUUUAAAGACUAAUUUUCUCAUUGUAAGAUUUAAAGAUUAUCGAAUACUAGAACAUCAUAAGUACAUUAUUUACUUCUGCAUUUUUGUUUGUUACUUAACAUCAAGCAACUGCAUCAAUCAUGUCAUUUGCUGAUUACAUAACAACUAAAAUAAAGUUUAACCAUUUUCA